UCAUUUGAACCACUCACAAUAUUAAUAUUAAUAUUAACAAUAAUUAUACAUAUUUUAAUCUGUGAAUUUAUUUUUUAUCAUAUUUAUUCAACGUGUUAUAUCAUUUUAUAAAAUAAAUCAACAAAUAUAUAAGAUAUCCCGCCAACGUCUAGCAACAGAUAAAAUAAAAUAUAAAAUAUAAAAAUGAACAAAAGAAAAUUAUUUAUUGUAACAAUCCUAGUGAUAUGCUUGUCUAUUAAUUAUGUUACUGGAUUAAUGGAAGACUCAACAAGUGUUAUUGAUAGAUCAGGACGUGAAAUAAAUAGUAAUCAACGGCCACUGUGUGCUGCUAAAAAAGAUUAUGAUUUUAUAACCGAAUACAAACGUCUACCUGAGCAUCGCUAUGUCACUGAAUAUAAACGAUUUCCCGAAUACCGUUAUAGUUUUGGUAUUGGCAAGCGAUGGUACGAUGACUCAAAGAGAAAUACUCCAUAUUCAUUUGGAAUUGGUAAACGUUAUCAAAUGGAAAAUAAAUUACAUCCGUUUCGUUUUUUCUCUGACUAUUUAUCUAUUGACAAUGGCAAUUAUCCAGUAAAUGUAAAUGAUGUUAUUCCUGAUCAAGAGGAAAAUAAACGAGCUGUACCUGCACGCUCUUAUGACUUUGGAGUUGGAAAACGCAACAAUAUUUUUUCAUCAAUCCAACAGCAACAACAACAAAAAAAACAUAUCGACGAUAAUGACAAAAAUCAAGAUAACAUUAAAUCCCAAAUUUGGGAACAGAAUUAAAUAAUAAUAUUUUAUUUUAUUAUUUUGUUUAUCCGUUAUGUAAAAUAUAUAUGUGUCCUCUUGUAGCCAAAUCUCACUCGAUAUUAUAAUGAA